UAAGGAUAUUUUCAGAUUUUCUAAAUCAUUUUUUACUAGCUCCAUUAUGCUAUAAAACACUUUUCAACUUUUUUUUAUAAAUCUAAUUUAUAGAAUCGUUUGGUCACUAUCCUUUUGUCUUCAAUAUUUUGAAAAUCUCUUGGACUUCAUUUCAUAUAAAUCUUAGAACCCAAUGAUCAAUCCCCAGAGGCAAAGCCAUUCCCACAAAUGUCUAAUUGCCAGCCGACACUCUGCCUCUCCUUUUCACUUCUUCUUCUUCUACUGCUGGGUUCCAAACCAGUCAACUCACAGCAGCCUCAGGCCAACAUUUCUUUAGGCUCGUCCCUUGCCGCCGGCGCAUCCCAAGACUACUGGCUCUCCCCGUCCGGCGAGUUCGCUUUCGGUUUCCAACAAGUCACCGGCGGCGCCAGAGGCAACAGCUUCCUCCUAGCCAUUUGGUUCAACCGGAUCCCUCAACGAACCGUCGUGUGGUCCGCCAACCGGAACGAGUUGGUGCCGGGCGGUUCAACCAUCAAGCUCAACGAGGACGGGAACCUGAUCCUGGCCGACCCGUCGGGUCGUCCAGUCUGGAACCCGAACUCGGUCGGGUCUGGAGUUUCCUACGGCGCCCUUCUCGACACCGGGAAUUUCGUAUUGGCCGAUCGAAACGCAACCGUUUUAUGGGAAAGCUUCGAUCAGCCCACUGACACAAUACUACCGAUGCAAACUCUACUGAGAGGUACUGAGCUGAUAGCCAAAUACUCCAGCACGAACUACUCGAACGGGCGAUUCAAGCUCGACUUUCAAACCAACGGCAAUCUGGAAUUCGAAACGACCCACUACCCACAAAUGCGGAGCAACUACCCUUACUACGAAAGCGCGACAGUCACAGCCGAUAACUUGUCCUACAACCGGUCCGGGUCGCUGUUCAUAGCCUCUACCAACGGGACAAUCCUCGGCAACGUGUUCGACAACCGAGAGUCGAUAAACGAUUUUUACCAGAGGGUAACAAUUGAUCACGAUGGAGUUGUGAGGCAAUACGUUCACCCAAAGCGAAACAACAUGUCGCGAUGGCCAAUGGAGUGGACCGUUUCGGAUUCCCAGCCACCGAAUAUAUGCACUGGAAUCAAAGGAUUCAUAGGCAAUGGGGCUUGUGGGUUCAAUAGUUAUUGUCAAAUGGAGAGUGGCAGGUUCCCUAGAUGCAGUUGCCCACAAGGGUACGUUUUUAUGGAUCCAAUGGAUCAUAGCAGUGGCUGUGUGAGGAAUUUUGCUCCUCAAGAUUGUGCUGUGAAGGAGGGACAAGAUGAUGAUGGUGACCAAUUCGAUUUCGUGGAGAUGGUCAAUACUGAUUUUCCGAAUGGGGAUUACCAAUUUUUGAACUCGGUUUCGGAGGAUAUGUGCCGGGAGGCUUGUUUGAGUGAUUGUCUUUGUGACGCCGUGCUUUUCAGAGAUGGGCAGUGCUACAAGAAGAGGAUGCCGAUGUCUAAUGGGAAUGUGGAUCCAACAAAUGGAGGGAAAACCCUAUUCAAAGUCAGGAGGCAGGAUUCCACUUCCAUUACAAACAAGAAAGAUCACUCACAUCUUAACACAAAUGUUGGAUGGUUUCUCUUGGGAGGUUCAAUUUUUAUUAAUCUCAUCUUUCUCUUGGCUAGUUGUCCAUGGAGGAAGAAUCCCCCAAAUAGCAUAGAUGGUGAAACCCUAGAUCAAGGAGCUUUAUCUUCGAACCUUCGAAGAUUUACAUACAAAGAGAUGGAAACAACUACAGGAGGGUUCAAGCAAGUUCUCGAGAAAAUGCACGAGAUGGAAGGCCACGAUGUACGAGAGUUCACCACAGAGGUCACUAUAAUCGGCGAAACUAACCACAAAAACCUGGCAAGACUUGUGGGGUUUUGCAACGAAGGGCAACACCGUCUUCUGGUUUAUGAGUUCAUGAGCAAUGGGUCUUUAGCCGAUUUGCUGUUUAGAAGAGAGGUGAGGCCUAACUGGUAUACGCGAACCCAAAUAGCUUAUUCGAUAGCUCGAGGACUCGCUUAUCUUCAUGAAGAAUGCAUCACCCAGAUAAUCCAUUGCGACAUCAAGCCACAAAACAUCCUCCUGGAUGGCUCAAUGACGGCCAAAAUCUCGGAUUUUGGCAUUUCGAAGCUCAUGAAGGCGAACCAGACACGAACCACAACCGCAAUUCGUGGGACUAAAGGAUACCUAGCGCCAGAGUGGUUUAGAAAUGUUCCUGUGACGGCUAAAGUUGAUGUGCACAGCUUUGGAAUUUUGCUCCUGGAGUUGGUUUGUUGUAGAAAGAACUUUAUGAUGGAAGUUGAGAAGGAAGAGGAGAUGGUACUUGUGGAUUGGGCUUAUGAUUGCUAUUGUAAAAGGAAGUUGCAUAAGUUGGUGGAAGAGGACGAAGAGGCAAUGGAGGAUAUGAGGAGAGUUGAAAGGUUUGUGAAGGUUGGGAUCUGGUGCAUUCAAGAAGAUCCUUCGUUGAGACCUGGAAUGAAGAAAGUUGUUCAUAUGUUGGAAGGAGCGCUUCUUGUUUCCAAACCACCCGAUCCCAGUUCCUUCAUCAGUUCCAUAUGAAAUGCCAACAUUUUUUUUCCCACACACUAUAGGGAACUUGGUCUUUUGUGUGUACUUGUAUAAUAUUUUGGAUUCUAAUGUUGUACAUAUGGAGUAAUAGUUCUUGGUGUACUGCUAAUUGUAAUUAAGAUGGAUUAUUGGUUCAUUUGAGAGUUAAUCUUGCUUUUAAGUUCAGUUGAUUGUUGGUUUGUUAGUGCUUUCUUCCUCUACAUAGAUUAUCAGCUUUUUUUCACCUUCACAUGAUCUAGUUUUGGGUAGAUCAUGAUAAGUUAGAUAAAGAUAUGUUCUCUCUUGAUAAAAUUUCAGUUACCAAUUAAAAAAAAGGAAGUUUAAAGACUGUCUAAAAUGUUCUAACCAUUUCAUUUUUGGCAUGUAACGCGAGGAUAUAAGUACGAUAUUAGUAUAUUUGAUCAUGUUUAUACAAAAACUCAAAAAAAAUAUAAGCUCAAAAUUUAGGAAGAAGCUCGAGGGUUGUAAUGGUUUGAUGGAUAUCACGACGCAUUUGGAGCUGAAUUAUGUUUACUAUACAUAACAAAAGGUCGAACAAAGAACAGUAAAUUGAUAUUCGAACUCACAAUCACGAAAGCAUACUAUACAUACUCUCUCAAACACUAAGACGUAACAAUAUUUUUCGGUUUUUGGAUUUGUUAAUGAAACAAUAUAAUAUAAUAUAAUCACUAAUUAUUAAUUAUAUUAAACUACAUACUAAUUCAAGUUACGGGGCAUUUGUCUCAUCAUUCAGGAAAACAGAUCAGUAAGGCAUAUUAUUCUAGGGUUUGAUAUGGACAGGGAAAAUAUAAUGUGUUUUAAGAUAUAAAUUUGAUCGGCAGGAAACUGUUUAAUUUGCAAUAUUUGCCAGUCUCUUUGUUCCCGAGUCCCGACCUAUAUCCGAUCCCUAUUCGGCAGGUUCUUCUUGCUCUCGUCUCUAUUCAAACUUUUUGGCCGGCCAAAGCUCCGGUCAAGCAAAGUUUUUCCAAGUUGGCCGCCUGCAGGCUUUGUUAAUUAACAGCGGUCACGUCUCACUAAUUCCACUUAUUUAUCAAUUUUAGUGUCUAUAAAGUCGUUUGUUGUUUGAUGCACAAAUGGUCGAUCAUUGCACUUUGGAAUCAUUGACAAAUUACUAACUGAUGAGCUUCGUGUGUUAAGUAUAAACAAAAAUUAUAGUUGCUUUGGAGGUUGGGCUGACUGGCAGGAUACUAGGAUAGUACCUUUAAUGACAUAAGGGUAAUCUCCAAAGUAAGAAAAUAAAAGCAUGCACAUAUUUACGUGAUUUGUUACCUGCACGAUGUAUGUUAGCUUGUUCAUGACCUAGAAGAGAUUAGUUUGUCAAUGAUUGUAUUGAGUUUGUGAUCAAAAGAAGUUUAUUAGUUACCUUCUCCAAACCAUAAAAAAAAGGCAAAAAAAUUAUGUAGCAUUAAGUGUUAUUUAAGGAUUAGAGUCUGCGACCUUGAGAGUGAAUACCAGUAGUAAUACCACUACACCAAACCAUGUUCGCCAAGAUUAAGCUUUAGUCAUGUAAAUACGAUUUAAAUUUGCAACCCAUUUUUGAGCUAGCAUAAAAAAAGCUCGUGCACCAUCAAAAAAUUUAUGACUUUCAAUCGAUGAUGGACAAAAUUUCAAGUCAUAGGGCUCUCAUAGCAACAAAAAAUCUGUCUAUACAAACAUAAUGACAACUACAUACAAUAAUUGGUUAGUUUCAUCGUUAGACAUCAAAUCGAGUCCGAGUUCGGGUCCACAACAUGAUGCCUAUAACGUUAAUUAAAUUCAGUAAUCGAG